AUGGACGAGAACAUCGGAAACAUUGAGAAAGAAAAGGCGAUUUAUCACCUGCUCGAUUCACAUCCGCAUCCUAAUCUCCUCUAUGCUAUACUCUGUAUCCCCGAAGGCAUCUUCAUGCCUCGACUCGAAACAUGCCUCGCAGCCCUCCUCGAACCACCGUCUGCCGUAUCGCCCGACCGCCAGGAGCUCUGGAUCCAGCAGCUGGCGAGCGCGGCCGCCUGGCUCGAAAAACUCGGUCUGGCACACGGCGACCUGCGACCCGAGAACAUACUCGUCGACCGCGACGGCAACCUCAGCGUCGCCGACUUCGACGCCACGGUAGCAGUCGGAUCCGAGCUGCGGCUCGCAACACUGCCGUUCACCAAAGUCGACGAAAAGUUCCAGACGCCGCCGGCCGGGCCGGAAACCGAGCAGUUUUCUAUCGGGUCGUGCAUCUACAACAUCCGCUUCGGAAAUGCACCGUUUGCUGACCUCGGGUUCGAGUCGCCCGUCUGA